AUGGCAGCAGCAAAGCCACACGCCUCGACUCCCGAUUCUGGGGAGCCUGAGAAGGGUGCGGAUCCAGUUGAGCGCCCAAUGGUAGACGCUUCUGCCCAGUCGCAACCUCUCAGCGGCCCGAAGCUGCUACUUGUCAUGGCCGGUGUAGCAGUCGUCAUCCUGCUUGCGAUGCUGGAUAUCUCAAUCAUCAGCACUGCAAUCCCCCAAAUCACAAGUGACUUUCACCGGCUUGAAGACGUGGGCUGGUAUGUCGGUGCCUAUCAGCUUGCCAGUGCGACUGUGCAACCUCUCACGGGGAAGCUACUCAGCUACUUCAGCUCCAAGUGGACAUACCUGUCAUUCUUCCUUGUCUUUGAGGUCGGAUCGGCCAUUUGUGGCGCGGCCACGUCGUCGACCAUGCUAAUUGUCGGCCGUGCGGUUGCUGGACUGGGGGCUGCAGGUCUCAUGAACGGAAGCCUUACCAUCGUGCAGGGUGCUUGCACGCCCGAGUCGCGACCACUGUACACUGGCCUUACCCUUGGAGUCGGACAAAUCGGCCUCGUUCUUGCCCCUCUGCUCGGCGGGGUGUUCACGGAACACGUUACAUGGCGCUGGUGCUUCUACAUUAAUCUACCUCUCGGCGGCCUUGCUGCCGUUUUAAUACUCCUCACCGAUAUACCUGAGCAGACCCCGAAGAAGCCCGCUACGCUCGCAUACGUCCGAGCCUUGAUCCCUACCUUCGACCUUGUCGGCUUCGUCCUCUUCGCGCCGGCAUCUAUAAUGCUGCUUCUCGCCCUCCAAUUUGGCAGCGGCGACUACGGGUGGAAGUCGUCCCAGGUCAUCGGCCUGUUCUGUGGCGCGGUCGUGACGGGCAUAAUAUUUGUCUACUGGGAGCGGCGCAUGGGCGACGAUGCCAUGAUACCACUGCCCAUGGUGCGGCAAAGGGUCAUCUGGUCGAGCGCACUCAAUUUCGCGCUGCUGAUGCUGGCUGUGAUUGUCGGGAGCAAUUUCUUGCCCAUCUACCUGCAAUCUGUCAAGGGACUGUCGCCGACCAUGAGCGGUGUAUACAUGCUGGCUUCGAUAUUGACGCAGAUCAUCUUCAUCUUCCUGGCUGGGGGACUCGUUACGAAACUCGGCUACUACAUCGGCUGGGCAAUCUUUUCAGCUGUCGCCACGGCCAUUGGAUGUGGCCUCAUAGCAACCUGGAGGCCAGACACAGGCCUAGGCAAGAUUAUUGGGUAUCAGAUCCUCUUGGGUGCCCGCGGCGCGGGCAUGCAAAUGGGAGUUGUGGCCAUCCAAGCCACUCUGCCACGGAAGAUGGCCGCCGUCGGCAACAGCUUCCUCGUCUUCUGUCAAAACAUCUUCGGCGCCAUCUUCAUCACUGUCGCAAACAGCAUCUUUCAGGAGAGCCUCCGAUCCGACAUUUCGUCCAGUGUUCCAGGGAUCAGUCCAGAGGCAGCCAUUGCAGCGGGCGGGAGUAGCCAGGCGGCGACUCCUCCCGAUGGGGAGACCAUCCUGGCCCGGGAGGUCGACUGGACAGUCCAAGAGGAAACCAAGGCUAAACGGAAGCUGGAUCUCAUCAUCAUGCCCAUCCUGACACUGGGUUUCUUCUGUCUCCAGCUCGAUCGCGGCAACAUGGCCAACGCCAUCACGGACAAGUUCAUGGAAGACGUGGGCAUCAACCAAGACCAGUUCAACGUCGGCCAGCAGAUGCUGUCCCUCGGCAUCGUGCUCUUCGAGAUCCCCUCCAACAUGAUCCUAUACCGCGUCGGCCCCGGCAAGUGGCUCACGCUGCAGCUCUUCCUCUUCGGCAUCGUGAGCACCUUCCAGGCCUUCCAGCGCGGCUACGGCGCCUUCAUCGCCACGCGCCUGCUCCUCGGCGUCACCGAGUCGGGCUUCAUCCCCGGCGGCCUGUGGACCCUGUCUACGUGGUACACGCGCGACGAGACGGCCAAGCGCGUCAUGGUCUUUUACUUUGGCAACCAGAUCGGCCAGGCGUCGGCCAAGCUGCUCGCCUUUGGCAUCCUGCACAUGCGCGGCGUGGGGGGCCAGCCGGGUUGGUUUUGGCUGUUUGCGCUCAUGGGCGCGUUCACCGUCCUGGGUGGCUUCGUGUUUGGCUUCUUCCUGCCGGACUCGUUUCGGAACCCGAGAAGCACGUUCUUGCCGAAUGUGCAGUGGUUCACGGAGCGGGAGCUGCAUAUCCUACAGACGCGUGUGCUGAUUGACGACCCCAUGAAGGGGCGCAAGAAGAAGCGCAUCGGCGGAGACGCCUUUAAGCGCACGUUCAUGGACUGGCGCAUCUGGGUGCACUUCCUCAUCACGCUGUGCAACAACGGCCCGCAGCGCGCGUUCGACACAUACGCCCCGUCCAUCGUGACCAGCUUCGGCUUCGGAAGCCUCGUCAGUAACGCGAUGGCCGCCGUCGGCCUCUUCCUGCAGGUUCCCAUGUCGUUUGCAUUUAGCUGGGUCUCGGACCGCUUCAACCGCCGAGGCGAGACCGUCAUGGUCGGCUUCUUCUGCCAUUUGCUGGGCUACAUCUUCAACCGCACCUUCACCGACGUCCCGCUCCGAGGCGUCCGCUACUUUGGCGUUGUCUGGACGCAAACCUUUGGCACCUUUUCGCACCCCCUGAAUAUCGCGUGGCUGUCGCUCGCGUGCACCGACUCGGAGCAGCGCGCACUCGCCAUGGCCGGGGUCAUCAUGAAUGCCAACAUUGCGGGCAUUUACGGUGCCCAGAUUUUCCGCGCCGACGACAAGCCUCUGUACCGCCGCGGCUUUAGCGUUGCCAUCGCUGUUCUAUCGGUUGGUCUUGUGCUUGCCGUUGUCCGAUGGGUCGACGAUCUGCGCCGGCGCAGAAAGAGCAAGCACUUGGUGCAGGUUGAGACAAAGGAUGCGGGGGCGGUGUCAACCUGA